UCCAUCAUGGGGAAAUACUUGACCACACUGCUCUUACUGAUGUUACUGCAACAUUUUGGGGACUGUGACAAAAGCCAUGGACUGCAUUCUCCUGCAUCAUUUCAGUUUACACAGCACCAGUACAACGCCACUAUCUACGAGAAUUCUGCUGCAAAGACUUAUGUGGGCCACCCGACAAAAAUGGGUGUUUAUCUUAAAAACCCUUCUUGGGACAUUAAGUACAAAAUAGUCUCUGGGGACAAUGAAAACCUUUUUAAAGCUGAAGAGCACAUUUUGGGGGACUUUUGCUUCCUGAGGAUACGAACCAAGGGAGGUAACACAGCAAUCCUCAACAGGGAGGUCAGAGACCACUACCUUCUUUCUGUCAAAGCUGUGGAGAAGAACUCCAAUAAUGAAGCACGCACAAAAGUUAGGGUUCAAGUGCUGGACACAAAUGAUUUGAGACCAUUGUUUUCACCCACCUUGUACAGCGUUUCUCUGCUUGAAAACACAGCAAUAAGGACCAGCAUUGCGAAAGUCAGUGCAACAGAUGCCGACAUUGGUACCAAUGGGGAAUUCUACUAUAGCUUUAAAGAAAGGACUGACAUGUUUGCUAUUCAUCCUACUAGCGGUGCUAUUAUACUAACUGGAAGACUUGACUACUCUGAUACCAAGCAGUACAAUAUGGAAAUCCUCGCAGUUGACAGAGGAAUGAAGUUAUAUGGAAGUAGCGGCAUUAGUAGUAUGGCCAGGCUGAACAUUCAUGUGGAACAAGCCAAUGAACAUGCCCCUAUUAUCUCUGCUGUUACACUCACUCCCUCUGAACAUGAUAAAGAUCUAACAUAUGCGAUUUUAUCUGUUGAUGACUAUGACCAAGGGCCCAAUGGAGAAAUUGCAUCCCUAAGCAUUAUUGCAGGCGAUCCCUUUAUGUAUUUUAGAACCAACAGAACUUCCCCUGGAAGCAAAGAAUAUAGGAUUGUAGCUCUUAUGGAGAUUGAUUGGGAUACACAUGCAUAUGGAUUUAACUUGACUCUGCAAGCUAAGGACAAGGGCUCUCCACCGCAGUUUUCUCCUCCCAAGGUCAUCCACGUAACAUCUUCAAAAUAUAAACAUGGGCCACUAAAGUUUGAAAAAGAUGUUUACAAGGCAGAAGCGAGUGAGUUUGCACCCCCCAAUACACCCAUUGUUAUGGUUAAAGCUAUGCCAAGUCACCCACAUUUACAGUAUGUUUUUAAAUAUGCUUCAGAUAGAAGUAAAUUCAAUUUAAACCCAAACACUGGCCUCAUAACAACUUUGCUGCCCAUAAGGGCAAAACAUUCCUCACACAUUGAACUGAAUGUUAUGACCAGUGACAAAAAAGCAUACACAAAAGUAAUGAUAAAAGUCCUUAGCACAAACAGCAACCCACCUGAGUUCACCCAAACCUCUUAUAAAGCUCUAGUGGAUGAGAAUGUCCCAUUAGGUAGCCCUGUGCUUACCGCCACUGCUAUUGACCCUGAUGAAGGGGAAAAUGGUUAUAUCACAUACAGCAUUGCUAAUCUUAAUCCAGUACCCUUUGUCAUUGAUGCUUUCUCUGGUGUGGUUAGUACUGCAGAAGAAUUGGAUUAUGAGCUGAUGCCAAGAGUCUAUAACUUAAAAAUAAGGGCAUCUGACUGGGGAUUACCUUACCGCAGAGAGGUCGAAACUCCUGUCACAGUGACUUUAAAUAAUUUAAAUGACAACAUACCAAUGUUUGAGAAAAUAAAUUGCGAAGGUUCUGUACCCAAGGAUCUUGGCGUUGGGGAACAUAUAACUACUGUUUCUGCUAUUGAUGCCGAUGAACUCCAGCUGGUAAAAUACAAAAUAGAAUCUGGGAAUGAGUUUGAUUUGUUUACACUGAAUCCUAAUUCAGGAGUCCUUUCCUUAAAACAGCCGCUUACCGAAGGCCCUGGAGCUAAAGUUUCCUUUUACAGUUUGAAAAUAACUGCUACGGAUGGAGAAAACGUAGCCAAAUCAAUCUAUAUUAAUAUUACUGUGACUUCCAGCCGUAAGGCUGUUCACUUGCAGUGUGAAGAAACUGGAGUUGCCAAAAUACUUGCUGAGAAACUUCUUCAAGCCAAUAAGUUAUUUAAUCGUGGAUCACUAGAGGAAACUUAUUUUGACAGCCACUUGACAAAUUCACAUGCGCCUCAGUUUGUAAGCACACUUCCUAGCAGAAUUGUAAUCAAAGAGAAUGCGGCUGUGGGAUCGGGUGUAAUCCGUAUGGAAGCUGAUGACCUUGACUCUGGUUUUAACGGCAAGCUGGUAUACGCUAUUUCAGGAGGUAACAAUGAUAGCUGCUUUACUAUAGACAUGGAAAAUGGUUGGUUACAGAUUCUUUCACCACUUGAUAGAGAACAGAAAAAUCAGUACACAUUGAAUAUUACAGCUUAUGACCUUGGGAUACCACAAAAAUCAGCUUGGCAUCUUUUGGACAUUGGAAUUCUUGAUGCUAAUGACAACCCUCCAGAGUUUCUUCAAGAUAGCUACUCUGUUGAAGUGAAGGAGAAUGAGGAAGGGAACCAAGCCAUUAUUAAAAUAGAAGCUUUAGACAAAGAUUUGGGAGCCAACAGCGAUGUGAGAUAUUCUAUUCUUACAGACACAAACCUCUUUACUAUCGACAGUGUGACCGGCAUAGUGAAGGCCCUUGAACCACUAGACAGGGAGAAACAAGACACACAUGUGCUCAAAAUAGAAGCCAGAGACCAAGCAGAACAUGAACCUCAAUUGUUUUCAACCGUGUUUCUAAAAAUAUUAGUGGAAGAUGUCAAUGACCACCCUCCAACCUUUAUUCCAGCUAACUAUCAUGUUAAAAUCCGAGAAGAUCUUCCCAUUGGAACUCUAGUUACAUGGAUUGAAGCUUAUGACCCUGACAUGGGACUUUCUGGCCAAGUUCGAUAUAGUCUUCUAGAAAAUGGUGAUGGCAAAUUUGAAGUAGACAAACUAAGUGGUGCCGUGCGGAUGGUACAAGAUUUAGAUUAUGAAGAAAGGCAGGUUUAUAAUCUAACUGCGCGGGCAAAAGACAGGGGAAAGCCCAAUUCCUUGUCAUCCACAUGCUACAUAAUUAUUGAAAUUAUUGAUGUGAAUGAAAACCUACAUACUCCCUUGUUUUCAAACUUUGUUGGCAAAGCAGUGAUAAGAGAGGAUGUCCCUAUCGGGACACCUGUGAUGACUGUGUUGGCCCAUGAUGAAGAUUCAGGAAGAGAUGGAGAGAUUCGAUAUUCAAUAAGAGAUGGCUCUGGAGUUGGAGUCUUUACCAUACAUGAAGAAAAAGGUAUUAUGCGGACAGCGGAUACUCUUGACCGUGAAACGACUUCUCAUUACUGGCUGACUGUUUAUGCUACAGAUCGAGGUGUUGUACCACUUUCAUCUUUCAUUGAAAUAUAUAUUGAAAUUGAAGAUGUUAAUGAUAAUGCAGCACAGACUUCGGAACCUGUUUAUUACCCAGAGGUCAUGGAGAACUCUCCCAAGGAUUUAUCAGUUGUGCAAAUUAAGGCAUUUGAUCCAGAUUCCAGCUCCGGUGACAAGCUGGCUUAUAAGAUUGCAAGUGGGAACCCUCAAGGAUUCUUUGCUAUCAAUCCAAAGACAGGUCUCAUAACAACUACAUCAAGAAAGCUUGACCGUGAACAACAAUCAGAACAUAUUCUUGAGGUUAUCAUUACAGACAAUGGAUACCCUCUAAAGUCCACUGUGUGCCGGGUCAUUGUAAAGGUGCUGGAUGAAAAUGACAACAAGCCUCAGUUCCUCCAAAAAUUUUACAAGAUCCAACUUCCCGAGCGUGAAAAAAUUGAUCGCGAUAAAAACACCAAGAGGGAUCCCAUAUACAGAGUUAUUGCUGUUGAUAAGGACGACGGUCCCAAUGCAGAAAUUUCUUACAGUAUUGAGGAUGGAGAUGAGCAUGGCAAGUUCUUCAUUGAACCCAAAACCGGAGUGGUUUCUUCCAAAAAGUCUUCUGCAGCAGGAGAAUAUGAUAUUCUUACGAUUAAAGCAGUUGAUAAUGGGAGACCUCAGAAGUCAUCUAGCACUCGACUGCAUAUUGAAUGGAUUGCAAAACCAACACUGCUAAUGGAACCGAUUUCCUUUGAAGAACCAUUUUUUACCUUCACUGUGAUGGAAAGUGAUCCUGUUGCUCAUAUGAUUGGCAUGAUAACUACACAACCUUUGGGCUCACCAUUGUGGUUUGACAUUACCGGUGGAAACUACGACAGCAGGUUUGAUGUGGACAAGGGCACUGGAACCAUCAUUGUUGCUAGACCUCUCGAUGCAGAACAGAAAUCUAAUUACAACUUGACAGUGGAGGCAACAGAUGGGACAAGAUCUAUCAGUACACAGGUUUUAAUUAAAGUUAUCGACACCAAUGACCACCGGCCAGAAUUUUCUACCUCAAAGUAUGAAGUGCUGAUCCCAGAAGACGUUAGACCGGAGACAGAGAUUUUGCAAGUCACUGCCACUGACAAAGAUGAGAAGAAUAAAUUGAUUUACACCUUACAGAGCAGCACUGACCCCGCUAGUGUGAAGAAGUUUCGAAUAGACCCUGCCACGGGCUCCCUGUACGUUGUAGAAAAAUUGGAUCACGAAGCAAUGCAGCAGCACAUUCUUACCGUAAUGGUGCGUGAUCAAGAUGUCCCUGUCAUGCGCAACUAUGCCAGGAUUGUUAUUAAUGUGACUGACACCAAUGACCAUGCCCCCUGGUUUACAAGCUCUUUUUAUGAAGGUCGAGUCUAUGAAUCAGCAGCUGUUGGAUCCGCUGUGCUCCAAGUCAUUGCAUUAGAUAAAGAUAAAGGGAAAAAUGCUGAAGUUGUUUAUUCCAUUGAGUCAGGGAAUACUGCAAAUGUCUUUUCAGUCGAUCCAGUAUUGGGUAUUAUAAAGACAACAAAAGAACUUGAUCGAAGCAUCCAAAGUCAGUAUGAGCUGGUAAUUAAAGCUUCAGACCAUGGAAUACCUACGAUGAGCCAGAUAACGUCCGUACAUAUCCUUGUCACAGUUUCAGACAAUGCAGCCCCCAAAUUUAUGAAGAAAGAGUACUCUGCUGAAAUCAGCGAAUCGGCACGAAUUGGAAGUUUUGUAGCAAUGCUUUCCACUCACAGCCAGUCUUCGGUUACUUACGAAAUCAAAACCGGAAAUAUACGGAAUGCCUUUGAGAUAAAUCCAAAUUCAGGUGUUGUCAUAACUCGAGACCAUCUUGAUUUUGAAACAAUGCAAUCUUUUACUCUUUCCAUUCAAGCUACAAACAUGGCUGGCUUGUCAUCUAAUACAACACUUGUUGUACAUCUUCGAGAUGAGAAUGACAACUUUCCAGUCUUUGUGCAGAGAGAAUACAGAGGACUUAUUAGUGAAUCUGCACCAGCUAACAGUGUUGUCCUAACUAAUGAAAACACCCCGUUGGUAAUUCGAGCCACUGAUGCUGACAGAGACACAAAUGCUUUGCUUGUUUAUCAAAUCGUCGAGCCAUCUGUCCAUAAAUAUUUUGCCAUUGACCCCAGCACUGGUGCGAUACGCACAUUAGUCACAUUAGAUUACGAACAGACAAAUAUAUUCCAUUUCACUGUUCAAGUACAUGACAUGGGCUAUCCACGACUGUUUGCAGAGUACUCAGCCAAUGUUACAGUAUACGUGGUUGAUAUCAACGACUGUGCUCCAGUGUUCUCAAAAGAGGUCUAUGAAGCCUCCAUAUUAAUACCAACAUACAAGGGGGUACGGGUUAUUACAGUUAAUGCAACAGAUGAUGAUUCCGGAUCAUUCUCAGACAUCAUGUAUUCUAUAGUUGAAGGUAACAUUGGAGAAAAGUUUGCUAUUGACCCUUUCAAAGGUGUAAUAACUAUCCAAAACACCAGUCCUUUAAGGAGUCGUUAUGAACUAAAUGUACGGGCUUCAGAUGGACGCUUCUCUACCCUUGCAUCAGUGAAAAUUAUUGUGAAAGAAAGUAAAGAAAGCUCAUUGAAAUUCACUCAGCGGACUUACUCUGCAUUCAUUCAAGAAAAUACAACUCAGAUAAAAACAUUAACUGUUAUUAGUGCAGUUGGCAGUCGCAUCAAUGAACCUUUGUUUUUCAAUAUUCUCAACCCAGAUAUCCGAUUUAAAAUUAGCCACACUUCUGGUGUCCUAUCAACCACAGGUAUACCAUUUGACAGAGAACAACAGGAUCUGUAUGAAAUAGUUGUGGAGGUCACCGAUGAGCAAAAGCCACCAAGAGUCGUGCAUGUCCUGGUAAAAGUAUUUGUUGAAGACAUCAAUGACAACAGCCCCGUAUUUGUCAAUCUUCCAUAUUAUGCAAUGGUACAGGUGGAUGCCAAAGUGGGUGAUAUUAUCCGCUAUGUUACUGCUGUAGAUAAAGAUAUUGAUAAAAAUGGAGAGAUACAUUACUCUCUCAAAGACUAUUCUCAGCACUUUCAAAUAGUGCCAUCAGGUGCUAUCUCACUGAAAAAAGAAUUUGAUCCCGAGGAAUUUAAUAAAGAAUAUGUUAUCACUGUUGUAGCAAAAGAUGGUGGAAGCCCUUCCUAUUCAGCCGAGGUUAUUGUUCCAAUUACAGUAAUGAAUAAAGCAAUGCCAGUCUUUGAAAAACCUUUUUACAGUGCAGUAAUAGCGGAAAAUGCCCAGCUCCAUAGCCCCGUUGUACACAUACAAGCCAGCAGUCCAGAAGGUCUCCGAAUAAUUUACAGCAUCACAGAUGGCGAUCCAUUCAAUCAAUUUAAUAUUAACUUCAACACAGGUGUAAUUAUUGUAUUUGCACCUCUUGAUUUUGAGUCCCACCCAGCAUAUAAACUGAGAGUCCGAGCAACAGACUCUGUAACUGGGGCACAUGCUGAAGUUUUUGUUGAUAUUAUCUUAGAAGAUGUAAAUGAUAAUGCACCCAUGUUCAAGCAGAGGGCAUAUUCGACUACCUUGUCUGAGGCUUCAGCAAUUGGAACAUCUGUUUUACAAGUAAUGGCCACAGAUGCUGACUCUGGUCAAAAUAAGGCCAUUUCAUACCACAUAGUGAGUAACCAUGGCAAUGCUUCACAAUAUUUCCACAUUGAUAGCAAUAGUGGACUCAUUGCAGUUGCCAAGCCACUGGAUUAUGAAUAUUUGCAUGUAUACAGUUUUUUAGUGAGGGCAGUGGACAGCGGAAUUCCUCCCUUAAGUAGCAUUGCCACUGUAAAUGUCAAUGUUAUUGAUCUGAAUGAUAAUCCCCCAGAAUUCACACAACUGGUUUAUGAAGCUAGAAUUAGUGAGCUUUCAAGUCAAGGAAGCUUUGUAACUUUUAUCAAAGCCACAGAUCCUGAUAGUUAUGACACUGAAAAAUUAGAAUAUUCUAUUCUUUCUGGCAAUGAAGAUGUGAAUUUUGUUAUUGACAGCAACAAUGGAAUAAUACGUGUUUCACACUUAAGGAAAAAUAUUCUACAAGCAUUCUACAUCCUCAAUGUCUCUGUUUCUGAUGGCGUAUUCAGAAGUUCAGCUCAGGUACACAUCGCUGUAAUAAGCUCCAAUUUGCAUAGUCCUACAUUCGGACAGAGUCAGUAUGAAGUAGAACUUUCAGAAAAUUCUCAAGUGCAUACCCUUGUGACAGAACUUAAAGCUAUUGAUGAAGACAUUGGAAUCUAUGGGCAGGUCACCUACCACAUUCUAAACGAGUAUGCUAAGGACAAUUUUUUCUUUAAUGAGAAAGGACAGUUGUUUACAGCAGAAAAACUUGACAGAGAAAGUCCAACUAACAAAGUCAUCCCUAUAAGUGUAAUGGCGAAGGAUGCUGGUGGAAAAGUUGGGUUCUGCUCGGUCAGUAUCAUUCUAACAGAUUCUAAUGACAAUGAUCCAAAGUUCCGUGCCUCCGAGUACAAGCUGAGCAUUGCAUCUGAUAUUCCGCGAGGUUCUACUGUUGUUAGAGUCUUGGCUUCUGAUGGUGAUGAGGGUGCAAAUGCUGAUAUAUCAUACAGCAUUGUGGCAAAGUCUGAAAGUGUUGCAGAAAAUUUUGAAAUCAGUCAACAUUCUGGAAUCAUUACCACCAAGGAAAGCUUAGUUGGAUUAGAAGAUGAAGUCUUUUCUUUUUUUGUUCAAGCAACUGAUGGUGGGUCACCACAUCGAGAGAGCAUUGUGCCAGUUAUGAUUCAGAUCCUUCCACCUGAAGUGCAGCUGCCAAAGUUUUCUGAGCCUUUUUAUACCUUAAGUAUCUCUGAAGACACUCCAGUUGGUACAGAGCUGGAUGUUAUCAGAGCAGAUAGUAGUCAGCCUGUAAUCUAUCAUAUCAGGAAAGGAAAUACCCUUGAGAGUAAUGUUGAUGACAUUUUUGUCAUCGACAAGCAAAAUGGCCGGCUAAAACUUGAGAAGAUGUUGGAUCAUGAAACAACUAAAUGGUAUCAGUUUUCAGUGUUAGCUCAAAGUAUUCAUGGAGAGCAUGAAGUAAUUACCUCUGUGGAUGUUAGUAUCCAGGUUAAAGAUGUCAAUGAUAAUAAGCCUGUAUUUGAAGCUAAUCCAUACGAGGCUUUCAUUGUGGAGAAUCUUGCAGCAGGGGCUACAGUCAUCCAGGUUAAAGCUGUCGAUGUGGAUUCAGGAUUCAAUGGACAUGUUUCAUAUAUGCUGGCACCAUCACAGGAGCCGCAAGAAAUUAAAGAUCUUUUCUCAGUAGACUUGGAAACUGGAUGGGUCACCACUCUUGCUGAGCUUGACCAUGAAAAAAUAAACAAAUACAACAUUGUAGUGGUUGCUUAUGACCAUGGUGAUAAAGUGCUGUCAUCAUCCACUAUAAUUGAGAUUACGGUGAUGGACAUAAAUGAUAAUCCUCCACGCUUCAGUGCAGAAAUAUACAAAGGUACAGUGAGUGAGGAUGACCCUCUAGGUGGUAUUAUUGCCAUUCUGAGCACCACCGAUGAUGAUACUGAAGAUAUCAAUAAAGAAACUACAAUGUACAUUACAGGAGGGGAUCCUCUGGGCCAGUUUGCAAUUGGAAAUAUGCAGAAUGAAUGGAAGGUGUAUGUUAAAAGAGCACUGGACAGGGAGGUAAAAGACAACUACCUACUAAACAUAACUGCCACUGAUGGAACGUUUGCAAGCAAGGCGGUGGUGGAAGUGAAGGUUCUUGACGCCAACGACAAUAUCCCAGUUUGUGAAAAGGAUUCCUAUUCUGAGACCAUUUCAGAAGAUGCUCCUUCCGGGAAACUAAUUCUACAAGUCUCAGCCACCGAUGCUGACAUUCGUUCCAACGCUGAGAUCAUUUACACAUUGCAUGGACUUGGCUCCGAGAAAUUUCACCUCAAUCCAUUUACAGGUGAACUGAAAACAUCAUUACCACUUGACCGUGAGAUCCAGGAAGUCUUCCAUCUCUUGGUGAAAGCUACAGAUGGAGGUGGCAACUUCUGUGAAGCCAGUGUUGAGCUGACAUUAGAAGAUGUAAAUGACAAUGCACCAGAGUUCUCUGCAGAUCCUUACAGCGUGACUGUGUUUGAGAAUACUGAACCCAAAACUCCGCUCACAAGGGUGCAGGCCAUAGAUGCUGAUACAGGACUAAACCAUAAGGUGCACUAUUCAUUAGUCAGCUCAGCAGAAGGUCAGUUCUCCAUUGAUGAGUCAUCUGGAAUAAUUACUUUGGAGAAACCUCUGGAUCGGGAGAUGCAAGCAGUGUACACACUUACAGUCAAAGCCAGUGACCAUGGAUUACCUCGGAAGCUGUCCUCAGUUACAAAUGUGUUGAUAUCAGUCUUGGACAUUAAUGAUAAUCCACCGGUCUUUGAACACAGAGAGUAUGGGGCUACAUUGUCAGAAGACAUAACAGUUGGAAACAAAGUUCUCCAGGUGUAUGCCACAAGCAGAGACAUUGAGGCUAAUGCAGAAGUUUCAUACCAGAUUAUCAGUGGCAAUGAGCAAGGAAAAUUCAGCAUUAACCCAGUAACAGGAGUUAUUUUUAUUAUUGAAAGUUUGGACCACGAAAGCGCAGCAGAAUAUUAUUUGACGGUAGAAGCAACAGAUGGCGGCACUCCACCUUUGAGUGAUGUUGCAACAGUCACCAUAAAUGUAACAGAUGUCAAUGACAACUCACCAGUGUUCAGUCAGAGCACUUAUAAUGCUGUGGUCGGUGAAGAUGCUGUAUCUGGUCAACCUGUCUUAAUGGUUGUUGCAGAUGAUGCUGAUGGACCUUUGAACAGUCACAUCCACUACUCAAUUACAGAUGGCAAUCUGGGGAAUACCUUUAUCAUUGAUCCUGUACGAGGGGAAGUUAAAGUGAAUAAACUUUUAGACAGGGAGAAGAUAUCUGGUUAUACCUUGAGAGUCCAAGCAGAGGAUAAUGGGAAUCCACCCAGAAGGAACACUACAACAGUUAACAUUGAUGUGUCAGAUGUCAAUGACAACCCUCCGUUAUUCUCUAAAGGGAAUUACAGUGUUAUAAUUCAGGAAAAUAAGGCGAUUGGCUUCAGCGUCCUGCACUUGGCGGUGACAGACAAGGAUUCUUCUCACAACGGUCCUCCUUUUACGUUUACGGUUUUAAGUGGGAAUGAAGAUAACACUUUUAAGAUCAACCAGCAAGGGGUGAUAACGACGUCGGCCACGCUUAACCGAAAAACCACUGAUCACUUUCUCCUGCAAGUUCAGGUGGCAGAUAAUGGGAAGCCACAGCUGUCAUCGGUGACAAACAUUGACAUACGGGUGAUUGAAGAGAGCAUCUACCCUCCAGCCAUUUUACCACUUGAAAUAUACAUCACAACAUUUGGAGAAGAGUACUCUGGGGGUGUGAUUGGAAAGAUUCAUGCCACGGACCAGGAUGUUUAUGAUACACUCACAUACAGCCUGGAUUCCAAAGUGGAAAAUCUGUUUUCCGUUUCAAGCACAGGGGGGAAACUGAUAGCACACAAGCGAUUGGAUGUUGGCCAAUAUCUGUUAAACGUCAGCGUUAGCGAUGGAAUGUUUACAACCUCAGCAGAUAUUACAGUUCAUAUCAAACAGAUAACCCAGGAGAUGCUAAAUCACAGCAUAACAUUCCGUUUUGCCCAUCUCUCUCCGGAAGAAUUUAUUGGAGAUUACUGGCGCAAUUUUCAGAGAACGUUGAAAAAUAUUUUGGGAGGGCGCAAAAUUGAUGUCCACAUUCUUAGCCUGCAACCCUCUGACCCACCUGCUAGCCUGGACGUCCUGCUGGCUGUAGAUAAACCAGGCAGUAUGCGUUUUGUUCCAAAACUUCUUAUCCAAAAGAUAAAUGCUUCUGUAGCUGAGAUCGAAGACUUCAGUGGGGUUAAAAUCCUUGAGGUCUUCCAUAAGCUCUGUGCUGAUGUGGAUUGUCCCCUGAGGUUUUGUGAUGAGAAGAAAUCUGUAGAUGAGAAUGUCAUGUCAACACACAGCACAGCAAGGCUAAGCUUUGUGACUCCAAGACACCUGCGAAAAUCUGUCUGCUUGUGCAAAGGAGGGAAAUGUCCAAUUUUGAACAGUAUUUGCGAAGGAAAUCCAUGCCCAGAGGGUAUGGAAUGUGUUGUAAAUGCAAAUGAAGAGAAGUACAACUGUGUCUGUCCAGAUGAACGGCAAUGCAAUAUGGGUUCAUCUGUAACAUUUAGUGGGAACAGCUAUAUAAAAUACCGAUUACUGGAAAAUGAAAACAAGGAGGAAAUGAAGCUGACGAUAAAGCUGAGGACAUACUCCGCACAUGCCGUUGUCAUGUAUGCCAGAGGAACAGAUUACAGCAUUCUUGAGAUCCAAGGAGGAAAACUGCAAUACAAGUUUGAUUGUGGCAGCGGUCCUGGAAUUGUGUCUGUGCAAAGUAUUCACAUCAAUGAUGGCCAGUGGCAUACUGUGUCAUUAGAGGUGGACGGUAACUAUGCCAGACUGGUCUUAGAUCGUGUCCAUACUGCCUCGGGUACUGCACCUGGAACUCUGAGAACACUCAAUCUGGACAAUUAUGUAUACUUUGGAGGCCACAUGCGCCAGCAAGGAGCAAAACAUGGAAGAGGCGCCCAAGUCAGCAAUGGCUUCAGAGGAUGCAUGGACUCUGUGUAUCUGAAUGGUCAGGAUCUCCCCCUUCAUAGUAAAUUAAAGAACGCGGCACUAAUAGAAGAGUCUGUGGACAUAACUCCAGGAUGCUCUCUAACUGCCGCCGAUGCCUGCACAGGCAAUCCUUGCCACAAUGGUGGUGUGUGCUCCCCCCUGUCUAAUGGAGGUUACUACUGUAAAUGUACGUCGUCAUAUGUGGGCACACAUUGCGAAAUAAGUGUCAAUCCCUGUGCCACUAACCCUUGCCUGUAUGGUGGUACCUGCAUUGCCGUUAAGGAUGACUUUAUCUGCCAUUGUAGAGGAGAGUACACAGGCCAGAGAUGUCAGUUAGGACCAUACUGCAAAGACAACCCCUGUAAGAACAGUGGGAGAUGUAUUGACAGCUUGGAUGGCCCUGCGUGUGAAUGUGAACCUGGUUUUCAUGGAGAAAGAUGCCUAAACGAUGUUGAUGAAUGCACCGAUAACCCAUGCCCCAACGGUGCCCUUUGUGAAAACACCUAUGGAUCUUACACUUGUAACUGCAGCAAUGGUUAUGGUGGGAAACAUUGCACAGAAAUUGCCCUCAAUAAGUAUGUUUCAACCUCCUGGAACAUUGGCCUAGCGGAGGUCAUUGGGAUAAUUGUCUUCAUAGCAGGCAUCUUCUGUCUGGUUGUAAUUUUUGUCGUUUGCCGAGUAGUGGCCAGUAAGAAGAAGAAGAGGCAGCAGGAAUCAGUGGACAAACACUCUGGGGUAUCUUCUGCAUUUUUACAAAGGCCGUUCAUGGAUCCUAAAUUGAACAAGAAUAUCUAUGCUGAUAUCCCUCCCCAGGUACCUGUCCGCCCUAUAUCCUACACUCCAAGCAUUCCAAGUGACUCCAGAAAUAACUUGGACCGAAACUCCUUUGAAGGAUCCACCAUUCCAGAACACCCUGAAUUUAGCACUUUCAAUCCAGACUCUGUACAUGGACAUAGGAAAGCUGUAGCAGUCUGCAGUGUUGCUCCAAACCUGCCACCUCCGCCUCCAUCUAACUCCCCCUCUGAUUGUGACUCAAUCCAAAAGUCAAGUUGGGAAUUUGACUAUGAUGCUAAGGUCGAUCUUGACCCAUGUCUUUCAAAGAAGUCUCUGGAUGAAAAGCCUGGUCAUCUAUACAAUCCGCGCGAAAGCAUGUCUGAAAUUCAGUCACUUAGUUCCUUCCAAUCAGAGUCCUGUGAUGAUAAUGCUUCCAUUGUGACAGUAAUACACCUAGUCAAUGCUGUUGUUGACUCGGUGGAAAAAGAAGAGUCAUUUGCAGUUCCUGAAGUCAGGAAUUCAAGAGGCUACCACUGGGAUACUUCAGACUGGAUGCCUAGUGUCCAACUGCCGGAUAUUAAGGAAUACCCUCAUUAUGAAGUUGUUGACAAACCUGCUUCUCAUUACACAGACCCUAAUGUCCUCGAUACAGAUUAUUAUCCUGGAGGUUAUGACAUAGAAAAUGACUUUCCACCUCCACCAGAAGACUUUCCUUUGCCAGAUGAGCUUCCUCCACUCCCUCAUGAGUAUAGUGAACAGGCAGAUUCCAUGCAGCCACUCAGAGAAAUGUCUACUGUAGGCAGCUUGGGUUCCUCAACAAAAAGUAAUCAGAGAUUCAACCCGAAUAAGUACCUUCCACAUCACCAAUAUCCAGCGAGUAUGUCAGAACCUCAAAACACAACCAGUGGAGAUAGCAAUAGUUACAGAGAGCCUUAUUCUACAUCUUACAUAAUAGGGUACAACAGAGACUUCCAAGUCCCCAUGGUGGACAACAUGUCCAUGUCUGGAUACACCUCUGCAGCUUCAUGCACUGACGUGUCUGCGUGCUGUGAAAUGGAAUCAGAGGCCAUGAUUAGUGACUAUGAGAGCGGCGAUGAUGGCCACUUUGAAGACGUGACAAUUCCUUCCCUGGAUUCCCAGCAUCACACCGAAGUUUAACAGCAUCAAAAGUGCCUGGACAUUUGUUAGCUUCAACAUUUCAUAGCGAACUCAUAUCUUCUCAUUAUAUUUUUGUUUUGUUGUUUCUUUAGCAUUAUUGUUUUCCUUUUUUUUUAUUUUUGUUGAUUUGGUGAACAUCUAUCUGGCAUAGUUGCAAUACACCAUGCCGUGUAUACGAGUGUGUACGAUGUAUUUAAUUUCUGGAUCUGCAAGAAUGAAGACAAAUAAACCAUUUGGAUAGGCUACUUCCACUUCACUUUUUUAGAUUUCUAUUUUAUUUUUUCUUAACCAUAUGUUUUUAUUUUUGAGAGAAAUACCACUACAUCAUGGUAGCAUGACAUGUGUAUUUAUAAAGUACGAAAUAUUAUUUUAACUUUUUUCCACUUGUAAAUGUAAUGUACAGUUUUGAUUUCAAUAGCAUUAACUAGAUUUUUGUAGAUAUUUUGUGGAUUUAUUUCCUUUGGAACAUGAGUUAUUUCAAGAUUUGCCCUAUAUUAGUCAGUAGAUUGUUUCUAUAACCUGGGCUUUGCUGUAUCUCUAUAUUCCACUGAGGUUUUUGACUUCUGAAAUUGAACAGUUUCCAGGUAUAACUGCAGCAACGACUGAAUAUAUUUGAGGCUAAGCCUGAUCCUGUUUAGAUCAAAAUGAAGAUGUCUUCACAAAACAAUCUGUAUUUUGGAAUAUUUUCCCUACUUGGAAAGUGUAUUGGGGACCCACUGCAUACCCGUUUAGAACCAAAAUCACCACGACACGGUUUUUAUGGUGUCUGUAUAUUUGUGAUGCAAUGGUCUUGUAAAGGUUUUUACUGAAAACUACCAUUAGCCGGUCUUUCUUACUGACAAUAAAUUAUUUUAAAAAA